AGUUGAUCGUUUUGCUUUGACGGCAUUUGCAGCGAAAUUCGAAAUGUGUGUCUGGUGCUAGCGCUCGCCAAACGUGUUGUGAGCUGUUAAAAAAAAAUAUUAUUGAAAUAAAGCAAAAAGUGUUAGAAAUAUUAGCCAAAAUUUAAAAUAAAAGAAGAAAUUUCCGAGAACUUGCUUACGUCUUAGACUAGCGCUGUUUCGCAAAACAGCUGUCAAAGAUGACAACCACACCGUCGACUGUCAUUGUGACAAUUGACAGUAACGAUGGCGAUCUGGAGGAUGUGAUGCCGGUGCUGCCUUCAAAUGUUGGACAUUUACUAGAAGAGCCUGUUGAGAUACAAUGUCCGGCUUGUGGCACGAAAUGCUUGACCAGUGUAGAGCGGCAAGCAGUGACGUUUCUACAGAAAUGUGUUGCUGUGAUUAAUUUUAGUCUUUGUUGCAAUCCCAUACGCUGGAGUGGUCGUCAUGACGUCAAUCAUUAUUGCAGCGAGUGUGGCUGUUACAUUGGCCGUUACAUAACCUUGAGCUGGUACAAACGACAGUUGUUCAAGAUGCAGCACUCGGAUGUGGUGUUAGAAAACAGGUGGCAACGUUUUUGCAAAGUCGAAAAAGAGGCGCUUGAUAAUACAAUACUAGCGAAGCAGCAACCGAAGGAGCUGAUGAAAUUGAGGACGACGAAGACGGACGAAGAGAGUGAUUGAAGGAGAGACUUUUAAGCAUAAAAUGCUAGAUAUGGAUAUAAUUUUUUAUUUUAUUUUUUUAUUUUUGUAAUUUUAUUGUAUUUAAAUAAAUAUUUAUAUUCAGAAA